AUGAAAAAGCCGAGAGAGCUCUUGGGACUCGCUUUCUCUAAGGAAGAAGAGAAAGAAGGGGUAAUUGAAGAAAUAUCAAAGCCGUGCAACUUUGAUAAUCUCAAGGAUUUGAAGGUGAACAAAGCUGGUGUCUUUGAACGUGCUAGAGCUCCAAACAAGUACUUAGUGUCUUUGAAUGUGCUGGAGCUCCAAACAAUAUCUUCUUUAGGAAAGCAAAGGUGGGAGAUUGGCUCUCCGUCUGUUGUUAAAAGCGGUCCGGAACAAAUGGUUUCUGCGAGGAAUGCUGUCUCUAACUGGAAGUUCAUGCCCUACGCAAUGAACUAA